AUGCCUGGGCCCUCUGGGCACUCAGAAACCCAGUGUCCAAAUGGCAUGGGCCGGCGCGCACCCAGCUCAAGGAACACCCCAGAGCAGAAGCUCAGGGGCCACUGGUGCCCCCGCAGCCUGGGCUUCAGGGAAGCUACUUCUCCUGGCAGUCGCCGUGACCGGCUGGCACCCCUGCUGCCCCCCGGGGCAGCUGGCCAGCCUCGGGCAAUGUGGCUCCCUCCCCCUGGAGGAGAGCCCAAGCUCAAGACGCAGCAGCAGCAGCAGCAGCAGCCGCAGUGGCAGCAACAGACCUGGCGACCCGGUGCCUCCUGGCCACUCAGCACCAGUGGAGAGGGCCAGAGCCCCGCGAUGACUCACCCACAGCAGGCGGCAGGUCCCCUGGGGCCUGAGUCCUCCAGCCCGGCUGAGGCAGCAGCCGGCCCUCAGAGCCAGGAGAGUGACGACAGGAAGGAGGCUGGGCAGCCCAGCACCCAGCCCUCCGCGCCAGUGGGCAGCAGCUGCGGGGGUUCCUCUGGCCCUCCACCCCCACUCCUUUCUGAGAUGGCCUCUCCACAGGUAGGGGGUUGGGUCGUGGACCUUGGGAAAACACUUGAGCCGCCCCCACACCCGCCCAGCGCUGCGGGGACGAGCUGGUGGGUGGAGACCGAGCUGGUGGAGGGCUGGGAAAUGCGGGACCGAGCUGGUGGGAGGACCGAGCUGGUGGGCGGGGACCGGGCUGGUAGGAGGCUGGGGAGAGGGGCGGGGGGCGGCCAGAGCCGGAGGUGUGAGAGAGGCUGCCCCCUGCCCUCCCAGGACCCGUCCUCCCGGAGCGCCAUGGCAGUCGCACCUAGCGACGGCUUCCACCGCUCCUCCUGGCGGUCCAGCUGCCUCUCGCCUGAGGCGCAAGAGCUGGACGUAGGCAGGGUGGUGGCGGAGAAGCCCCUGUGCCACAGCCCGCCCUGGGAGGAGGCCGUUGUCAGCAAGAUCAGGACCAUGACCGUCUCGGAGAGGUGCCGCAUGCUGCAGUCCAUCCUCUGCUGCCUCCAGCAGGACGGCCAGCUCGUGCAGAAGGUGAAGGUGUCAGAUGCCAGUAUCCAGGAGGUCCUGGAGCCCUUGAACCUGGACUUCAGUUCUCCUCUGGAGAAGGUCGGGGUGGGUGGGCUACAGGGCACUGCCCUUGGGGACGGGCUCAUGAAGGGGUCCACUGGCCCCCAGGGCAUCUCGCUGGCCAUGGGCAUAACGUCCACCUCUCACCUGGAGCAGGUGUGGGGCAGGCUGGAGCACCUGAGCCGCACCAGGUUCCUGAGGUCUGCGCCGCUGUCCACGGACAGCCAGGACAGCACCCUGAAGGCGAGCUUCCUCUCGGCCUCCAUCAUGCUGGUGAAGGCUCUCAGUCAGGAGAGCAGUGCCCGGAGCUACAAGUUCACGCAGACCCUGGAGAUGAUCCAGUGUCUCCUGUGCAUCCUGGAGAAGGAGCCCAACUUCCUAGCCAACCUCUUCCGGCAGAAGAUCAUACUGGUCAUCAUGGAGCUGAGCCACUUACGGCCCCGGCUCAAACCCACAGUCAAGUCCAGAAUCUUGCAGACCUGCCCGCAGAGCUUGUACAACCUCCCCCCCGUGGAGAUGCUGAAGUCCAGCCUGCCGCCACUGGAGCUGGCCCCAGACGUUGUGGGGCUGUACCAGAAGUCCACGCAAGUGCUUGACCUGCUCCUCCAGGCCUUCGUCUCUGAGAACGAGAGCAUGGAUGAGAUCUGCUUCCUCCUGCAGCACGCGGAGCCCUGGCUGAAGUCGAGCAAAAGCUACAAGCGCAAGCGGGUGGUGCAGUCUGUCUUCCUGCUCCUCAAGUACGUGGCGGACUACGGGAAGCUCACCGAGGAGGCCAUGCCCUCAGGGGUGGGCCGCCAGGUGGGCCUGCUGCUGCUGCUGUGGCAGGACCGGGACCAGCUCACCCAGAGCCACUCCCACCAGUGUGUCUACCUCUUCCUGCAGCUUCUGAUCCAGCAGAAGGGUGAGCCCAUGUCGUCGGAGUUCAUGCAUCUGAAUAAAAUGAAGAACUUUGAAGCAAAGGCUCACAAAGAUUCUGAGCUGAAGUUCUACAGUUUGGUGAAGACCUUGGACGAGCACCUGACGGUGGCGCAGCACACGCAGUUUGUGCUCACGCCCCUGCAAGGGCUGUGCAGCCACGACGGCCUCAGCUGCCACCUGGCCCCAGAGCUGCUCCUGACCAUCAUGGAGGACCGCAGCAUCAAGCCAGAGCAGGUGGCCGAGAUCCUGCAGGAGCUGUUUCAGGAGCUGCCCUGCAUCAUUUUCACGAGCAUCCUGCAGACCAUAAUGAAGGCCGUGAUGGUGCUGGGCAUGCAGCACACGCAGCAGACCGUCAAAGUGAUUCGGUCCUUGUGCCCUCCCUCAGAGAGGCAGGUCACGCCCCUGUGGAAGGCCCUGGCCACCAACAGCCGGCUGGCCCGCAAGGUCAUCAUGAAGAUGAAGCUGUGGCUGCCCCGGGAGCUCAUCAAGGCCCCUGUGCAGGCCGAGCUUGUUUCCCUGCUGGCCCUGGGCACCCUUUACAAACGUCUCACCAUACAUGAGUACAAGGCCACGGUGCGCUGGGCCUUCGCAGGGAUCCUCCUGGGCCUUCUCACCCAGCUCCACUACCUGUUAGAGCUGGAUAUGGUGGAGGGCAUGUCUGACUACCAGGAGGAGGCCUUGGAGGCCAAGGCCCUUAGCCCCUGCAGGACAUGCCUGGAGGUCCUAAAGGGUCUCUUCUGGACCACCAAUUACUGGGAGGUGUUUGCCCACCUCAAAGUCCUGAGGGGCUGGGAGCUCUUUGAGCACCUGGAAACCUACACUGAAGGGGUGACCCUCCUGGCCAGAAAUGUCAUCUAUAGCGGUGGCAAGAAGUUCCAGCAGGCACUCGAGAGCCGCGCCUUCCAGGCCCUGGUGCCCCUACUCUUCCACCUGGCCCACUCGUGCCCUGAGGUGGUCACGGGAGCCCUGCCAGCAGCAGCCCCACACCGCUGUGGAGAGGCCCUGGGGGACACGGCCACCCCUGACGUCCCAGUGCGGAUGUCGGGCAGGCCUUGUAGGUCCCAGCACCGGCAGUGGACCAGACCCUCACCUGGCGUGGAGGAGAUGUGUGUGGAGGUGGACGUGGACAGGCUGGGUGGCUGGUGUACAUACAUGGACAGCCCCAACAGGCACCUGAAGCUCACAGCCAUGAAGUUCAUCGGGGGCAUCCUGCAGGUCUACUUCACCGAUCUCUGCUUCUACCUGAAGAAGGGCGACGUGAAGACUCUCAAGAAAUCUGCGCCGCGGCUGGAGGACCCUUGGGUCUCUGCUGCCGACUUCGAGACGCUCAGGCAGGACCCGGGCUCCGUGAGCCGCAAGUUCUACAAGCACUUCUCCGAAGACAUCGCAGAGCUGUCGCAAGAGAGGGUCAGAGCUGAGCUGAACUGGAGGACCGCCAGCUGA